AUUUUCAGAUCAUAUUCAUGUCAUCUCUAAUCUCUAAAUUCUGAUUUGAAGCUCCGACUGAGUUGCUGAUAAUUCAAAAAGACGCGAAGUGAAAGUGGGCAUUCUCCCCAUUUAUUUGAACAAAUCUUUAUUCCAUUUCAAUUGAAGUAAAAUGGAUGGAUAGCACCAUGGAUGCAUCAGGAGAACCAAUCCCAACAUCAUCGGUGCUGAUGGCAGCUGCGAAGCAUAUAGGGACUAGGUGCCGUGGAGAGAACAUGGCAUUUUUGAAGUGCAAGAAGGAUGAUCCCAACCCCGAGCAAUGCCUUGAUAAAGGACGUCAAGUAACUGAAUUCGUUCUUCACCUGCUGAAAGAUCUCCACCAGAACUGCAAUAAAGAAAUGGACGCAUAUGCAGGAUGCAUGUAUUACCACACAAAUGAAUUUGAGCUUUGUCGCAAGGAGCAGCAGUCAUUCGAGAAAGCAUGCCCCUUCUUAUAACUAGCAAAAAAACAACCUACAUCUUGUGAGUUUGUAAUAAUAAAAUUGCCCUGCUGAUUUUUCUGUCAAAUGUACUUAAGAUCAAAUGUACUUAAGAUCAACUUUUUUUCCUCUGUAUGGUGUUAGAAAACUCUUUCCCAUGCCAGGGAUGCCAUGCUCAGGGAUAUCUUUUCGUCUUCGUGUUAAACUCGAUUUCAUUGCUAAUAUUCUCAUACUUGUUUAA